CGGGGACUUUGGAGGGGCAGAGGAAUAAGACAGAGGGGUCAAGUACCCUUUCUGCUUUUGCAGCUUGGCUAGCGAAUCAUUUAUCGCGUCUUAUCAGAGGUCCCCAUUAAAAUUUUAAAAUUUCCAUGCGACAGACCCCACCUAACAAAAUAAAAAAAAUGCUUUUAAAUAAUUUUUUUUCCCCUUCGAACUUUUCAAUCCUUAUUGUUGCCCAAUCCUCCAUCGUCCACGAACGAGUCACGUUAGAAAAGGAAUUAGAAGUUGGGCCAAGGACCAUCGUAGACCUAAGGUCGUCGAUGUAACCCAGUCCAUUCUCUUUCCUUAUUAUCUCUAACACUUUCUGAAAUUCUGCGCCAAUCUGCACCUUCGAGAAACGCCAGAACUUCGACGUUGGUUCUCUUCAUCAUGGAUCAGCAAAGGCUCGUCGAGCUGCUCCAAGCAUCUCAAAUUCCCGAUACGCAGAAGGUCAAGGCCGCAACCGCUGAGCUUCGCAAGAACUUCUACCCUCACCCGGAGUCUCUGCUCGGCCUUCUCCAUGUCAUUGUUUCCCAUCCCGAGGCGACUGUCCGCAUGCUGGCUGCUGUCCAGGCUUUGCGACUCGUCCCGAAGCAUUGGGAGAAGAUUGCCGACGACCAGAAGCCUGCUGUGCGCAAUGAGCUUCUCCAAGCUAUCGUCCGAGAACAGGACGCGAAGUGCCGCCACGGCCAAUCCCGUAUCAUUGCUGCCUUAGCAACACUCGAUUUCAAUAAUGAGCAAUGGGGUGACCUGCUGCCGUCCGUCAUGCAACUGACCAAUUCUGACAAUGUUGCCCAUCGGGAGGUCGGCUCCUACAUUAUAUUCAGUCUCUUAGAGGCGAACCCUGCCUACUUUGAGGAUCACCUGCCUACUCUGUUUGAGCUUUUCACUAAGACCAUUCGAGAUCCCCAGAGCCGUGACGUGCGAGUCAAUACUAUGCAGUCUAUCAGUGCCCUGUUAAUGCUGAUCGACUGCGACGACGAUGAACAGUCCGUCAAUACCGUCCAGGAGUUUGUUCCUGUCAUGGUUGACGUCCUCAAAGAAGCUGUUGACGGUGGUGAUGACGAGCGAAUACAACAGUCCUUCGAAGUCUUCCAAUCCUUCCUGGCCUAUGAUCCCGCUUUAAUAUCUCGUUACUUCAAGGAUUUGGUCCAGUUUAUGCUUGACUUGGCCAUUAACACCAACGCCGAGGAUGACGUGCGAGUCCAGGCAAUCUCCUUCCUUGCACAAUGUGCCAAGUACCGUCGGAUGAAGAUCCAAGGCAUUCCUGAUAUGGGUGCGCAACUCAUGAAGAAGAGUUUGGUAAUCUUAUCAGAACUGGCGGAUGAUGACGACGAUGAAGAUACAACCCCCGCCAGAACGGCUCUAUCUCUGAUAGAUCAGUUGGCUACCGAUUUACCCCCGAGACAGGUUAUUGUACCCUUGCUGGAUGAGUUUUCCGCGUAUGCCAACUCCCAGAACCCGGGACAACGCAAGGCAUGUGUCCUUGCCCUUGGUACGUGUGCUGAAGGUGCCCCUGAGUUCGUAUCCACACAGGUGGCGUCAGUUAUGCCUACGGUCUUGAAUCUUCUCAAAGAUCCGGUACAAAGUGUUCGCCAUGCAGCGCUCCAAGGUCUUAGACGCCUGGGCGAGGAUCUGUCCGAUACCAUGUCCCCCUAUCAUGACGCUAUCAUGACCGCCUUAGUUAUGAACCUAGACGCUACCAGCGGCAAUGAAUCAGACGGCAAGAAUGUCGAGAUCAUCCGAUCCGUUUGUGGUGCCAUGGACUCUAUGGCCGAAGGAUUAGGGACGGACAUCAUGGCCAAAUAUGGAGAGGCCAUGAUACAUCGUAUUGGAACAUUCCUAUCACACCCUGACCUCACCGUUAAGUCUGCCGCAGCGGGUGCGCUUGGUGCGAUCGCUGCCUCUAUUAAGACAGCUUUUAUCCCCUACCUCAAGCAAACUAUGGAAGCGAUGUCGUCCUAUAUUAUGGUCGAGAGUGGCGAAGAAGAGCUCACCCUAAGGAGCUCAGUCUGCGACGCCAUGGGCCGCAUCGCCGUUGGCGUUGGCGCACAAGAGUUUAGCCCGUACGUUAUGCCGUUGCUAGUCGCUAGUGAAAAGGCUCUUCAUCUGGGCAAUCCCCGCCUCCGAGAAACUACAUUCAUACUAUGGAGCCAAUUGGCUACGGUAUAUGAAGGAGACCUCGGCGAAUCCCUCGCGGGAAUUUUCCAAGGGUUAUUUGACAGCCUCGAACAAGAAGAGGAGGAUGUUGAACUUGACCUCCCAGAAGAUCAGGAUGGCCUUGUUGACGAAGAAGUCGUCUUACAUGGCAAAAAGUUGAAGGUCAAGGGCCCCGAAGACGCGGAUGAAGACGAUGAGGAUAUCAUGGAUGAUGAUGAUGACGACGAUGAUUGGGAUGAUCUUGUCGGCGUGUCCGCACAGGCGUUCGAGAAGGAAAUCGCCUUAGAAGUGUUAGGCGACGUCAUCUACGCCGCCAAAGAGAAGAGUACGCCCUACAUUGAAAAGGCUAUAGAGCUUGUGGCUCCCUUUGCCGAACACACGUACGAGGGAUGCCGCAAGAAUGCUAUUGGGACCUUGUGGCGAACCUACGCAUGCGUAUGGGAAGUCAUGGAGAAGCAGACCGGCUGCAAGUGGGAGCCUGGCUUCCCUCUCAAGACGGAGCCGGUUCCCAAUAUCGCUAAACUGGGCGAGAUCGUAUCUACCGCUACGCUACACAUCUGGCCCGAUGAGGCUGACCGGGAUGCGGUUACGGAAAUCAACCGCAGCGUCGCCUCCACACUAAAGACUUGUGGUCCCGCCAUACUGGGACAGAAGGACAUGAUGGAGCAGAUCGUUACCAUACUUGGCACAAUCAUUACUCGAUCGCACCCCUGUCAGUUGGAUCUUGGCGAGGAAGACGACCAGGAAGAAGCUCAAGGAAGUUCCGAGUGGGAUUGGCUUGUAGUCGACACUGCCUUGGACGUGUUGAUCGGCCUGGCCUGUGCCCUAGGCCCGCAGUUUGCCGAGGUCUGGAAGGUUUUCGAGAAGCCCCUUAUCAAACUUCUGAGCUCCAACGAAGCCAUCGAACGGUCAACCGCUGUGGGCGUCGUAGCCGAAUGCGUCGCAUAUAUGGGAAGUGCUGUGACGCCUUAUACCUCGACUUUGUUACGCCCACUGUUGCAUCGUCUAUCGGACGAGGAUAAAGAGACCAAGUCCAACGCGGCGUACGCAACCGGCCAACUCAUCUACCAUUCCGAGGAUGCCACAACCUACCUACCAAGUUAUAACCAAAUUCUAGGGAAAUUGGAGCCCUUGCUACAAAUCAAGGACGCUCGGUUGCAGGACAACGCCGCUGGAUGCCUGUGCCGUAUGAUACUGGCUCAUCCUGACCAGAUCCCGAUCGCAGACGUACUGCCUGCUCUUGUCGAUUUACUCCCUCUGAAGGAGGACUAUGAGGAAAACAAGCCUGUGUAUCAGUGCCUGCACAAACUAUACGUGCUCUCCAACCCAACGGUACAAGAACUGACGCCGAAGUUGCUUAAUGUCUUCCAGCAAGUCCUCGGACCGCCGGAGGGACAGCUCGAACCGGAAACGAGAGAGGUGGUGCAGGAUAUGGUACGCAUCCUAACUAAAUAAGGGUGGUUACGCGAAACGGGUUUAAAUGAAAAAGGGUCUCCUGGAAAACGGCAAUGGAUAUGAUUGGAUGAGGUCAUAUGAGUGAACGAAGAAUGGGAGGGAUGCGGUGGCUACAGUUGUUUACACAUAGAUGAUUCCCCCUGAAUGAUUGUUUUUUUCAGUGUCCUCCUAGAGGCUACCGGAUAUAGCUACAUCGGCACUGUAAAGCUAGGUAUGUAUGCCUUCUACACCUGCUACGUCUUAGCAAUAAGAAGUUGGUAGCAGAAUCCAAUUUACAAACCGACGCUUUGAGAAGUGCUCGCAAUUGCUAUGAUGAUUACGACUUGCAGGCUUGUCUUAUUAGGUACACAUGCGAAUAAAUGCCAUAUGAGGUAAGCGAAAUAACUUGAGAAAUUGAAUAAAUUCAACUGAACAAAGACGGAACGGCGGAGGCUGAGGGAACCGAUAAUGGUUGUUUAUAGCUAACAUCAGUUAUCCUGAUGUCAUUGUUCGAAAGCAUUGACAGGAUAUGUAGCAGUGGAGGGUAGGAUCGACGGCUAUGCUGGGGAUAAGUCUGUCUUGCAACCCAUAAAAAUUUGUUGUUGUGGUUCUUGAUAUUGAGGAGGUUGGGUUGGGUUGUAAUGGCCAGUUCAAAC